AUGGAGUGUCGACGCCGCACACUCGCGUUGCGCGUGGCACUGUUCUCUUUUUCUUUCUUCCUCGCCUCGCGACUCGUCGCAGCACCAGCUGAGGCCGCCGACAGGUCCAAAGGACACGCUUCCGCUCCCACAAAGGGCUCUGAGACUGGUCCCGCCGCGUCGUCCGAGGCUUUCCGCGCGCUCAGCGCACCAGAUGCUGCUCUCGUGCGCGAGCUCGCCGGCGCUGGAGGACCGACAGACGAUCUCCCCCUGGUCGUGCCCACCGACGCACAGGCACUGGCUGAAGCAGCAGCUGCGCGAAGGCACACUGAAGGAUGCAGCGAGACCGAAGAGCGAACCGGAGAAAGCAACCCGGUUCCUGAGGGAGAAGCACGCACGGGAGGCAACGACCAGCAGCCGCCCGCGGAUGGGGCUGCAUCGCAGUGCACCCGGGUAGGUUCUGGAGCGACGUCGCAAAGAGCAUCUUCCAUGCGCUACCAGACGGCAUUGGCGGCGACGCAGCUCUUCUCGUCGCUCGAGGGAGCGCGGUCCGACGCUGGCUCCCGGGAACCUUUGCAGCGAGCGGGGACGAAGUCUGCCGCUCGCGCAGCCGCGGAGGAUGCAUGCGCAGAGGCUUCACACCCCAGACACUCGUGUCCUCUGUGGGGGGGAAGUUACGACGAGAGGCGCUCGCGGUUUCUGCUGCGCUAUGGCGAUCUCUACAACCAGGAAAUCGAGGAGAUCAAGGAGCGAGAGCUCGAGAGGUUCAAGGGCCAGGUGUACAUGGACUACGCCGACGACAGACUGAAGGAAGCCCGUUCGGUGAUUUCGCGCUUUUUCGACGCCCCCGAGAACGAGUAUGCAGUGAUUUUCACCAGCGGGGCGACGGCCGCGCUGAAACUGGUUGGAGAGUCUUUCCCCUUCGCUGCAAGACUCUCCUCUUUCUACUACCUGCGAGUCAACCACAACUCGGUUCUAGGAAUCAGGGAGUACGCUUAUGCGAAGAACGCCAAGAGUGUGCGGGCCCUCUCUCCUCGAGAGGUGGAGCGAAUUCUCACGGAACGCGAACAGAGAGACGCACCUUCCGACGACAAUGACGCAAGCCGCCCCAGCUGCCUCUUUGCGUUCCCAGCCAAAGACAACUGGAACGGGCGUUUCUUUCCACAAGACUGGAUCACGCGGGUGAAAAAGCUGGGUCUGAGCAAUGACAACUGUCGCUGGUUUGUCUUGCUCGACGCCGCGGCCUACGCUCCGACGUCGCCUCUCUCGCUGGCCCGCCACCCCGCUGACUUCGUCGCCUUUUCGUUUUACAAGAUGUUCGGCUACCCCACCGGACUCGGCGCCUUGCUCGCGCGUUCCGAGGAUGCCACCAAGCUGCAACGCCUCUACUGGGGCGGCGGAAGCGUGGCGGCCAGUGUCUGCGAUAGUCGCUGGUGUGCGCGGAAGACGAAUUUCGCUCUCCGCUUCGAGGACGGGACGCUCCCCUUCCUCGCCAUCGUCGCGUCCCUGUACGGCUUUCGCGCUCUAGAGGCGAUCGGCAUGGAGAAGAUUCACCACCAUGUGGCGGCGCUGACGACCCACCUGUUUGAAAGGUUGCAGCUUCUCCGCCACUCCAAUGGAGCUCCUGCAGUGUUGGUCUACUGGAGCGAACCCAGUCCUCCGACCGGUAGGCAGCCCAGAGAGCGCGAGGGCGCUCUGCCGCAAGCGAGCGGAAAAGUUUCGACACCAAGCCAGACGUCAGCUGACUUCCUCGGACUAUCCGCCGAGGACAUCAUUCGAAAUAGUCAGAAGCGACAAAGCUGCUCCGACCCUUCCGGCGCGACUCUCUCAGUGGCCUCAGCAGUGCCGAGCCUCGUGACGGGUUUGGGCGGGGGGAGCCUCGGAGGCGGGGUGUAUCGAAAGCCUGCUGGUUCAGUCCGCGUGUCCAUGGGCUACUUGUCGACAUUCAGCGACGUCGAUGCUCUCGUGGCGUUCAUCAGUGAAACCUACCUUUGGGGCCGCCCGCCGUCAGGAUUUUGCGGUCUCCGGAUGGCGGGAAGGCCGCUCCGGCCGGGCGAGCUCCGCACGGGUGCUCAGACCCGCGCAUGCGCCCAUACGUUUUCUGCGCAUGCGGUGACCAAAACGGGAAGAAGGCGUCCGAGGAGCGAUCUGCAGAGUGCGUCGCUGGGAGCGCCUCUGGCAAACCCGCGGCUGGCCGACUUCCAGUUCCCCCCUGGAAGCAGAGAGAGAAAGGCGCUGCAGGUUCUGGGGGCUCAGGAUCUUCCACCACAGCGGGAAGCCCCUGCCUUUUGA